AGCAGCAGUUCCACGUGAGCUUCGUCCGCCAAUUCGUCCACCAACCCGCUUGUACGGCUCUCUUCCUGUUCGCACUUGCACGGCCUCUCCACUGUUCAAGCUGAAUGGUGAGUCGGUGACAGCUAGAAAAAGGGUUUCCGAAUUCAAAACCGAAACAGCGAAUGUAGCUUAAGAAAUGGCGAUGGCUAUGGUCAGAUCCGGUCUUCUUCGAACCGCUUUGCGCGGUGGCUCUCGACCUUCUGCCCCUGUCAAGCGCAACUUUUCCUCCUCUGCUCGCCACGACGACGCUCGUGAAUCCUCUCUCUCUCUCUCUCUCUCAAUUCUGAUUCAUCCCUUCGCAUUCGAAUUCAUUUCUGAGUUAUGGUCAAUAUCAGGGGUUUUGAUUUUCUGGGUUUUGGCUCUCGGAACGAUUCUCAGGAUCAAAGGCGAGGCAGAAAAAUGGGAAAAGAUAACAUAUGUUGGCAUUGCAACGUGUACUGUUUUGGCCAUUUACAACCUAUCAAAGGGCCAUCCCCACUAUGAAGAGCCUCCUCCAUACCCAUAUUUGCACAUUCGCAACAAAGAGUUUCCAUGGGGUCCAGAUGGGCUUUUUGAGAAGAAGCACCACCACUAAAGACAUUCAUGGCUCAACAAGGGACAAUUUCCAGAGAGAACCUUUAUGUUUAGCACAGUCCUCUCGUUCUGCAGGUUGUACUGUACUACCUCCGGAUGUUGAUGAUAGCUCUCGCUUUUUCUGUGCAUUAUCUUCAUUUUUGAUAGGUUCUUUUUGUACAUUAUCAAUAGUGGCUUAAUACUCGCAAGCGAGAAGUUGUUUAGUAUUUGUUUAUAUCGUUUGUUGUGAACACUCUUUUAGCAGCUAAAUAAAAUCGAUGAUGGAGAGAGUAUGUUUUGCCAUGA